AGAGCGGUUUGGCCCGGAAAUAAACCUUGAACGCGGAAGUGUCAUCUUUGUCGGUGGGUUGCAGUGUUUUGUUUUGAAAUCUUCUGGAGAAAGUGACAGAACCGAUACCAUGUCGACACCGUACAAGGAAAAACUAGUCCGGCUUUUUCAGCAGUACCAGGACUACGUUACCAAGAACCCAGCAGCCACGGCCCAGCUGGAGAGCGGAGUAAGAACACUGUCUUACCUCAUCGCAGGCCGGUUUGCAGAUUCUCAUGAGCUCUCGGAACUGGUGUACUCCGCUUCUAACCUGCUAGUGCUGCUGAAUGAUGGAAUACUUCGUAGGGGCCUUACUCGAACUCUUCCCGUGUCUCUCUCCCAGCAGAGGCUCCUCACCUGGCUGACAGUUCUGGAGUAUGUGGAGGUCUUUACAGAGAUGGGAGCUGCCAAGCUGUGGGGAGAAGGCGGACGCUGGGCUGUUAUUGUUCUCAUACAGAUCGCUAAGGCGAUCCUGCGAAUUCUGCUUCUUUUUUGGUACAAGUCAGGAAUACAGACGUCUCCUCCAAUCAUUCCUCUGGACAGGGAGACGCAACUGUGUAACAGAGAAAAUGAAUGCACGCAGGUGGACUCCUCAUUUGUUGGCCAGCGAUCUGGAAGGAUCAUGAGGUCAUUGAGUAGCACCCCAUGUUUCCAGUCCAGACUCUGGGGAGCUCCUCGGCCUGAGGACAGACAAGGGAGGCCAGAAGAUGAAUUAAAUCGCAUCCCGACUCCACUGGGCCUGCAGGAGACUAUAGCCGAGACCCUGUACAUCACACGUCCGCUUGUCCACUUGCUGUGCCUGGGAAUCUGUGGAACAAGGUCAUGGAAACCAUGGCUCAUUUCUGGGAUUCUGGACAUAACAAGUUUCGGUUUAAUGAACGACAUGAAGUCACUGAAUCGCCGAGAACAGACUGAGAUGAGGCGCAGAGCCUUCUUCCUCCUUUACUACCUGCUGCGAUCCCCCUUCUACGACCGAUAUUCAGAGACAAAAAUCUUGUUUUUGCUCCGAUUAUUAGCUGACUAUGUGCCAGGUGUUGGAUUAGUUGCACGUCCCCUGAUGGAAUAUUUACCUGUUUGGCAGAAGGUUUAUUUUUACAACUGGGGAUGAAAUCCUUGCUGUGGGGACUUUCAGGAACCACAUUUUAAAUGCUGGGGCUAUGCAGGAGAACUGGGAGCGAGUGGAACUGAGCGCACUGGAACUCAGUAAAUUAGUGCCAGUCUUAAAAAAAAAUUAUCACAAGAUCUGAUGAGGACAUCUGUUGUUAAUGAAUGUAAAAUAAGCUGUGGAAACAUUUUUCUGUUUUUAAUUCUUUAUAAGGAAUUUACUUUUUCAAAACAGUUUUGUUUUUCUUUUUUUGGACAAUUGUUAUAUUGUUUUUGUUAAAUCUGUUUGUUUUUAAUUCAUCUUUCAAACUCUUAAAAAUGUGUGAAGUGUGAAUUACCUUAUUUUAUGGGAUGUUUAUUAAGAAGAGUCCUUAGAUCCUCCAUGACAGCUUGUCUGAACCUUUACCUUUCUGUUCAUUUCUAACCAGCUACACAUGAAACCCUUCUGCAGUAUCCUCUCUUUUGGUUUUCCCCCUUAUAGAGAUCUGUGGUUGGCCUUCAAAGUACCUUAUGUAAAAGAACAUUUAACAUGGACACUGUACCCUUAAAAUUUGGGGGGUUUCUCAUAAAUGUUAUUUACAUAAACUAUAUUUGCAUACAGUUAAAAAUGCAAUCAUUGAGUAAAGAUCACUCAGUUUUUCUCACAAGAAUAACUAGAUGAGCUGGCAUUACUUUAGAUGAAAAUAAUUUAGGAUCCAUUACAUUUAAUAUUGGGUGUUGCAUCCUCUUUGUUUUAAUGCCAGUUAAUGUAGUGGUCAUUUUUGUAAUCCAUGGUUGUAUUAUUGCGAAUUAAAUAUGUCAUGUAUUGGAAGUGUGCUAUUAAGAAUUCCAAUUUCUAUCUGGAAAAGUCAUUUCUAAGGGGAUAUUUCUAUGGUGUUUUUAGGGCUAAUAAGUGCCAGCUGGAAAUGUAUAGAAAUUGCAUUAUUUUUCACUGUGUGAAAAGUAUGUAAUUGCUUUUGUUAAUGCCAAUUAAAAAAAUGUAUACAUAAGAGUUAUAUGGAAAGUUCAAAGUGGGUUGCUUGGCAAUUAGCGCUGCAUCCUAGAUCUUGGGUCCUGGGUUCGAUUGUGGCUGGGACGCUUCCUUUGUGAACUUUGCAUGUUCUCCAGUGGAUGCUCCAGUUUCCACCCAGGGCCCAAAGACUUUGUGGGAAGGCUGCCUGGUGGCUCUUAAUUCUCCCUGUGAGUUUGCCUCUAUGUCCUGGAGGGCUGGUGUCCGACUUCUACUUUGUUCCUUAUGCUUCUGGGAUAGGCUACUGGCUGCGGUCACCGACACUGGAAAGAAUCGGCAUUCUGAUGAUGCAUGAAAGGAAGUUAAAAGUUUUUAUUAUUAUUCUGGAAGCCUGCAGGGAUCUGCAAGUACCAGAAUCUGGGGGGGGGGAGUAAUUUAUAUACACUCUUGGGAUGCUUUCAAUAAAUCUCUCUUAAGAACAAGA